ACACUGCUAUUCGAAUGGACUUAGUAAUCAGACGAUAAAAAUGGUCGGAAAUGGUGGAAAGGUCGUUUGGUUCUGAGCUAAACAGGAAUAUGUCCUCAGAAAUUAAUGAUUUCCAGUGGAAUGAUUCGCAGGAAGAAUCUGUAGAUCCCAGAGUACAAAUAGAAUUAGAAAGACUUAAUACUGCAACAGAUUUAAUAAAUAGAUUGGAAAUUGAAUUGGAUGAAGCACGUUCCAAUUUUAGACUGCUAUUGAGUGAAUCAUCUCAAAAAAUAAAUCAGUUAACCGGUAAAUUAGGGUCUUGUAUUGAGAAAGCUCGGCCAUAUUACGAUGCUCGCAUUAGAGCUAAAGAGAUUCAGGCAGAAUCACAGAAAGCUGCCCUACGUUAUGAAAGAGCAAGCAGUGCUCAUACUGUAGCUAAAGAAAUGGUUCAUUUGGCAGAAGAAGGUUUGCAAAAAGAAGGAAGGACAUUUGAUCCCGCAUGGCAAGAGAUGCUUAAUCAUGCAACCAAAAGGGUUAAUGAAGCAGAAAUUGAAAGAGUUAGAAGUGAGAGAGAGCAUCAAGAAACGUCACUUGCUUACAAUGAAGCUGAGCAAAUGGUUUUACAUUUACAUCAAGAACUAAAGAGAGCUAUUGUAAAAUCAAGUCUUUCAACACGCAGAAGUUUACUUGAAAUAAACAAUCUAGCCAAUCAACAUCAGUUACAACUCUUACCAUACUUUGAAAUGAAGGCUCAGUUUAAUCACAUGCUAGAGGAACAAAAAAGAAAAGUCCAGCAGUUAGAAGAAAAUGUAACAAAAGUAAAAAUGAGUUAUGCUGAUGCCCUUCAUAAUUUGGAAGAAAUUAGUGAUGAAAUACAUCAUAGGCGUAAAUCCAAAGAACUACAAAAUCAAGAGAGAGGUGAAGGAGUAGGAGCUGAAUCACCUUUACCUUCACACCAUCGUAUACCAUAUAUAAAUGAUGUGAAAAAUGAGAGGAAACAGGAACAGAAACAAAUCUGCAGGAGAUCUAUAGAAACGGAAACGGAUGAUAUAUAUCUAAGGCUUCCUGAUUCUCUGAGUACUAAAACAGCCAUUCUUGUUAAUUCGUUCUCCUCACCUUCGUCAAUAAAAUCUUUUGAUGAUGGAGAAUUACCAAAUACUGCUAAUAUUCAAACAGAUAAUCUGGAUAGCAAUAGACAAAUUAUCAUAUCGGCAUCUGCAUUAAAUUCCAAAGAGAAAAUGAAUCAAAAGUUACUUAACGAAUCCAAGAAUGGGUCCCAUCUUGAUCCUACGGGUUGCUCGCAAGAUAGUUGCUCUCCUAGUCCUUCCGUGCUGAGUAUCUGCGAUGAAUUAGAUCAAUCAAAGUACAUGGGUAUUAAUCAGUUGAAUACGAGCGACGGAAACAAAAGUAUACAAUUGUUUCAAGAAGACAAGUAUAUCAUUUCGUCGAACGGAGUAUUUGACAGGUAUGAAACGAAAACUCAGGACAACAAUACUCUGACCAAUCCGAACAGUCCCGUAAUACAGUCGAGGAAAGUCUCUGGUGCAGACUGUAACAUGCUGCGCAUUCAGAAAGAGGAUCUCUCGGACACAGACAGCCUGGCAAGCGGAGGCACUGCAGACACACUAGACGAUCAUCAGAUUGAGUGUCUGCUACUUGACAAGUUCUUCGAGGAGGACUUCCAGACGUUGACGAACGCGUGUGAGGACCUGGCAAUUAACUCCGACCUUUGAAAAAGUACUAUUAUCUAAUUUUAUAGAUAUUUGACAUUACAAAACGAAUCAAGAUAAGUUUAAUUUAUAAACAUUCUGUCGUUUAGAAAAUUAUUUAUAAGUGAUUGAUUGUUAACUCUUAUACUUUGUUACUGUUAUGUUUUUAUUUUCCUAGAGCUGAUAUUAGUACUAUGACAGCAUACACAUAUAUAAAUUAUUAAAUUUAUUGUAUUAGAUACAGUCAUUGCAUCAGUUAUCUGGAUUAUUUAAAGAAAGUUUUAACUAUGUUACUGAAUACAGCACUGAUUUUUAAAUUUUUUAUUUACACGAUGCAGAAAUAAUCCAGAUGAUUGACAAGCGACUGCACUAGCUACUGUGAUAUAUACAUACAUAUAUAAUUUUAAAGGCAGUUUAUGGCUAUGGGUAAUUGUAUCUUCAAUGAAGACACUAUUCUAGUGAUUAUCUUCUGUUUACGGAAUGAGAGAUUCCUUGACAUGCAUAAUUGUGGUAUUGUUAUCUUGUAUUUGUAUAUAGUAGUGUAUAUACAUAUACACGUUAGUUUUAAGGCUUCACGGGUAAUGUGAUAAUUUAGAACGUUUAUUUAUUUAUAAAUAUUUUGUUAAGUUCUUUAAAGCUGUUUUAUCUGUAUAUAUGCAAGACAAGAGCCGGUUUGGAAGACAAAAAAAACAAGGAAUAUUUAUGCAAGUAGUAGAUUUAUUUACAAGCAAUUUUGCUGAGUUCGAUCUUUCUUGAUAGCACUUUACAAAAAUUAUCAUAGAACGUAGAAAUAAAGGAAGCAUGACGGCUAGAGUCGCAAGUGAUAAAGUGCAAUUUCUUCGUGGCCCCACGAUGGAUAUGCUUCUAUAACGACUUGAGACAUUCCAAUUUAUGAUAUUUUUUAAAACGAAUGAUCAAAGAAGACAACCUCAAAUAUAUACAUUUGACGUCAGGCAAUCAACAGUUCGAUAUUUUGUCUAGUUUCCAUUAUAUGAAUUUGCGUCUUAGAGUUAGAAACCAAAGCAAUAUCACAAACGUGCAGCUAUUAGAAAGCACACUAAUGGAAAUUGACUUCCUUUGCAAUAAUUGUCGGCACAGUUCUCGAAACUUCAUAUAAAAUACUUAAUUUAGAAUAAUUUAUUACAGUGCACAGUUUAUGCUAAUUAUCGACACUACCUUUACGCUUUUUGGCACGUAUCAUUAAAAUACUUUCCUUGAAAAUAUUUUAAUUUGAAACUACAAAAAGUAUUUAUUAGAUUUAUCCGAUGUUUUAACGUAGAUUUCAAAUUGCAUAAAAAUUAAAAUGUUAAAAGAUUUCUUUUUAUUAAUGUAAUUUAAAUACCUGUAAAAUAAAAAUCAUAGUUGGCAAGAUUAUAGUCUGGUGUGGUUGUGUAUUUUGUAUGGCAGGCUUGUUUUCGUUUCUAGUAUUUUAUUUCGUAAAUACUUGUAAACAACUAAUCUACCAAUCAAUACAGUAUGAAUUACAGCCGUAAUGUAUUCCUGAAAUCAGGAAGUGUUUAUUUCUUAUGGGAAAAUUCUAAUUUUAACUUGUCCAUCUGAAUAACCCAAAUGAUGCUAAAAUAAUGCAGAAUAACUGUUUUGUAACAUACUAAAAAUUCCAAUUCCCAUGCAAACAUCACGUAAGCAUUCAUUAGUAAACAAUUUAUUCAUUGCAUUAUUAUUAACAUCCCUAUAAGACUAUUUUUUUAAUACUCAAUAGACAGCUAUGGAAAUGUAACAUUGUUGUAUAGUUUGUACAGGAUCUUCGAAAAUGAAUACCAUUUCAAAUUACUGUAAUUAUGUUAAUUAUUAUCCAAAGAGGUGUGACAUGUAACCGUUGAAUUUCAUCUCCUGUUUGCAUUCAAACAUCUUGUGUACCACCUCUAGGAAGUGCUGUAAACAAAAAUGGUGACUUGGUGGAAGAAGACAUUUCAUGUUCUGUAGUUUGCAAAGCCGGAGUCGCUCGUCAUCAUGCAACACAAAGUGCAUGCAUUAAAUUGUAAUAGGCAAAUGUGAAACUUGGACUGUUUUUUAAUGUUUUAAUCUACAUAACGUUCUCAGAUAAUAAUUUAACAUUGCUACCAUUUUGAAUUGUAAUUUUCAUUUUGGAAGAUCCUGUAUAUAAAUUACUAUUGUACAAACAAUACAACAAUGAAAAUAAAACAAACCUAUAGUAGUGAGUCUAUUGUAAUGAACCAUUUAUGCAAUUUGUGAAAAAAUUAACUAACUAUUAGAAUGUGUGCACACCUUUGAAACAAAACAGACACCAGGAGUGAAACAACUUUUGAAUUUUUCAUGUUUUAAAGAAAUUUGUAAUAGCAGGAUUGUUUAGUAUCUGUUGCAAUAUAAAAAUCAAAGAACGUUUGUUGUAGGUGAGAUUUGGAUACCGGAGUAUGACUGUAAUUUCAUCUCCAAUUAAAGAACUGUAGUGUGUUCCAGCUAAGUUGUAUAAUUUGUACCAUAGUGAUUU